AUGUUUCUGAAAGCUCUCUCAUCCUGCAUAUACAGCAAGGUUCCUGACUUGCUUAAAGUAAAUCUAAAAUCUUUUGUUUCAUAUUAUUCCUUUUCUUCAGGUCGAGAAAUCGGUGACUGGUGUGAAGAAUCAUCUUUGCAUCUGGAGGAACAGAUCAAUGUUCAGACUGAGGAAUCAUCACUGGAGGAACCUGUUGAUGGUCAGAGUGAAGAACCAUCACUGGUAGAGCCUGACAGCGUUCACGGUGAAGAACCAUCACUGGUAGAGCCUGUCAGUGUUCACGGUGAAGAACAAUCACUGGUAGAGCCUGACAAUGUUCACGGUGAAGAACAAUCACUGGUAGAGCCUGACAGUGUUCACGGUGAAGAACCAUCACUGGUAGAGCCUGUCAGUGUUCACGGUGAAGAACAAUCACUGGUAGAGCCUGACAGUGUUCACGGUGAAGAACAAUCACUGGUAGAACCUGUCGAUGGUCACAGUAAGGACAUAGCCAGCUCCUCCAGCAGUGAUGAUGUUCCUCGAUACCUUUUCUACGCUGAGUCCAGCAGUAGUGAUGACUACCCCCAAGAGAUUUAUUCAGCCGGGUCCAACUGUAGUAGUGAGCUCACAGUCAGCUCCUACAGCAGCUUCUUUUCAGCUGAGUCCGGCUGUGGUGAUGACACCUCUACCAAUUUCGAGUCUGCCGAGUCCGGCUGUGGUGAUGACACCUCUACCAAUUUCGAGUCUGCCGAGUCCGGCUGUGGUGAUGACACCUCUACCAAUUUCGAGUCUGCCGAGUCCGGCUGUGGUGAUGACACCUCUACCAAUUUCGAGUCUGCCGAGUCCGGCUGUGGUGAUGACACCUCUACCAAUUUCGAGUCUGCCGAGUCCGGCUGUGGGGAUGACACCUCUACCAAUUUCGAGUCUGCCGAGUCCGGCUGUGGUGAUGACACCUCUACCAAUUUCGAGUCUGCUGAGUCCGGCUGUGGUGAUGACACCUCUACCAAUUUCGAGUCUGCCGAGUCCGGCUGUGGUGAUGACACCUCUACCAAUUUCGAGUCUGCCGAGUCCGGCUGUGGUGAUGACACCUCUACCAAUUUCGAGUCUGCCGAGUCCGGCUGUGGUGAUGACACAUCUACCAAUUUCGAGUCUGCCGAGUCCGGCUGUGGUGAUGACACCUCUACUAAUUUUGAGUCUGCCGAGUCCGGCUGUGGUGAUGACCCCUCUACCAAUUUCGAGUCUGCCGAGUCCGGCUGUGGUGAUGACCCCCCUCCAAAUGUGGUCUCUACUGAGUCCAGCUGUGGUGAUGACCCCCCUCCAAAUGUGGUCUCUGCCGAGCCUGGCUGUAGUCAUUACAACCCCCCAAAUGUGGUCUCUGCUAAGCCCGGCUGUAAAGAGGAUGUUGCUCAAGGUGCAACCUGUCAGACAGAGGGCGCUGUUCCACCUCAGCCAGAAAAGCUGAAGGAUGAAGACACACACAUCAUUGGUAAGUUUACAACCAUGACACCCUGAAAAACCCAACACAAAUGCAUAUUUUAAUAUGUAUGUAUAUGUAUGUGUGUGUG